AUGUCAUGUCCAGAAGCGAGGGCGCUGCGGGCGUUGGAAGUGGCUGACAUGAUUCCCACUUGUAUUUCCGAUUCUCAGGCAUCACGAUCGAAACCGCAACUUCAGAUCGAGGUUCCGAGAGUCCGGCCAAAUGAACGGGCAGCCAAUGGCAGUCCUGGCCCCGAGACGCCCGCUUCGGCACGUCGUGGGUGCCGAUUUCCUAGUCUGGACGAAGCCCACCGCAAUAUAACUGGAAGGUCCCAUACAUCCACGUCGACAGCAUCGAAUCGAAUCGCGUCCAACGACAGCAGCACCGAGCCCGAGACUGCCACCAGCAUCUGGCAACCGGCCCCCUCCACCAAGAAGUCUGCCACUUUACACUGCAUCUCUGACAAUCAAGUCCUCCUGGGCCCUGAUGCAAUCUCCCUGGGCUGUUCGAGCCCCGUCAAGGAAGCCACACCCGACAGUCACGGUAAUGCCCCAAUAACCUCAGAGCGAGAGCUGGUCCUGUACAACCACGAGGAGACUGUAGUUUCCCACUCUGCCCGCAGCAAUCCCGACGAUCCGUUUAUUGUUUCGGAAGAUUCUAGCCCACUGCCCAUGCCGAAGCACAGAAGCCUCAACUCGCCGAGUACCGUGUCCGAACUCCAGUCUAUCACUACUGUUGACCGCAUUUACGACAAGUAUCGCUCUGCUGCAUCUGACCAGGGAACAUCAUCCAGCCGUGGCGUAGAUGCCACCCUGGACACCACCCCUUUCCGCGGAGCUCCUCGCAGCUCCUCUCUCGACAGACUGAGUCCCGCAAACCUCAGCGCGCUGCGGUCAGGUGCCGGUGCUCGCUGUGGCUUUAGACCCGACGAUGUCCUUCACAGUCCAGACAUUAGCCGAACAGAUACGGCGCCCUUCACUCAUGAGGGGGACGAAGGCAGCGACGGUUCCUCGGCCAUUAACAAAGAUCCUUUGUGGUCCGUCACGGCGACCUCGAACGACGACAGGCCACUGUUCUCGCUUCCGCACAUUCCUACACUCGCAUUCUUCGAUGCCCCCAUCGGUACAUCGACGCACUCAGCCCGCGGCCAUCCGAUAUCCUGCGGACUAUCAUUCUCUACUCUCUCGGAUUCGCAAGCCCUUCUCAGUAGUGACCUUGGCAGCAAUGGCGGUCUCAUACCUCCUCCGCUCACCUUGUCGACACGUGCGCGGCCCGCCGAGAUUCCGCGUGCGCACCUCAGCGUUGGAGCAUUUUCUAUGGGCGCCACCACAGAAUCUGACGACGAUCCCUUCAAGUAUGACAAGACCACUUACGGUGUCUUUCUCAUGGACAAGAGGGAGAGAGAAGUUAGCGCCAGACUUCAGCGCCAAAGCUUAUCGAGUAAACACAGCAGGACUCCAAGCUGCAGUCCAUCAAAAUCGCUGUACAAGAAAUUCACGCUACCGUCUCCUAUCCCUGAGCACCCAUCAUCGUGCGAGGCUGGUGAGUCUGUCAGAAUCAACCGCGACCAGCUUGCUGCGUUGCGAUUUCUGCAUCCCGAUGCCAUAAAAUCUUCAUGGGAGGUGAGCCAGAGUCAAGGUGCCACGGUCAGGGUGCCGGUGCCCCUUCAGAUGGACGUUUUAUGUCGACCUAGUAGCGCAACCAAAACGAAGCAAUCUUCAGAGGUCAACAAAAUUCAGUGUCCGCGUGCGAAAGAGCCUCUGAACGAUAGGGAUGAGUGGGAAACAGUAGGGACAUUCCAAGCUGUCAAUGACAGUAGCCCAUCCUAUCCUCCUCCGAAGCCACCCUCCAAGCUUAUUUAUGGUGCGUCCGUCAACUUUACCGGCAGCAGCGUCGCAGAUGUAUCAGACGAUGAUAUAAGUCUGUAUGAUGCUCAAUUUGACGAAUGCGGCUCCAAGGAACGUAUCAUUCAGCACCCGUCAAAUCAAGUCGACAACCAGCCAUUCAAAGUCAGACAUCUCAAAGACUCGAAUAUACCCGUUUUUGUACCGAAGCAGCGUGUUCACAGAGUCAACGGGCUUGCACAGAACUCUAUACGGCUCCUCCAGGAAUCAAGCUCAUUGAGCAAGGGGAGCAACACUACAGAGUCGAGCCGGACUGGUAAGAUUCUCAACCCAUUCAGCGCCCUAAACAAGAAGUACAGGGACAAGUUGCUACCACUCCCGCCACGAGUAACGGCCGAAACCUCACGCUUUGAGUUCCGAGACUCGGUGUGUAGCAGUGAUCAGGAGAACCCUUUCGAUGGGAAGCAGUUUGGUAAACAGAGAGUUCAUGAUGACAGCAACGCUCAUGAAGCACACGAUAAUUGUAUGGCGAACCAUCACGACAGCCAGGCGUCGACAGACUAUGAUAUGUCGACGUUGUCUGCUCUGUCGAACGGAUCUCACAGCUUCGCUUUUCCACUCAUACCGCUUCCCGAAGCAGCAAGACUGCAGGCCAUACGGCGCGAGAGCGGGAUUAACGAUCAGAACUUCGCCAGCAAUCAAGGACGGGAGCGCAAAAAGAGCUUUGCGUCACUGGGGAGGAAUAAAGGAAGCACUUUUGCCACGUCCAACCUUCCUCGUGUCCCAAAAACGGCGCACAGGCGAACUCCGACGCCCCUAUUCUCAUUGAUGGUGAAUGAUAAAGAUGUCGAACGCCGGGCCCUGCGUUUCGAUGACCCCGCGACCUCUCCGAUUAGCUCCAAGAUAGAUUCACCGCCUAAUCGUCGAUCACGCGGCUCCCAUUUCUGCGACAACAGCACUGCAACCUUUGGGGCUUCCCCUCUCAAAAACCGAAUAGCUGGGAUGUGGCCGUCACGACGAUCUGAGAUUCCACAUCUGUACCCCUGGGACGAGCGCCGGUUACAACCCGGAAGUGAUCCAUAUUUGCGAGCCCUGGCAGAUCGAUACAGACUACCAUCCGCACAUCUUACGUAUACCUCAAAUGAAGGUCGGGUAAAGCAGCGUAGAUGGUUUGUCCUGAUGUUGGCUAUCAGCAUCUUCCCUUUCUUGUCGGUUCUUGUUUACCUCGGAAAAUUCGAUACUGCACUCUCCUGGUACACCAGGGGAGAGGUCAGCGGACUAACGAGAGCCCAACGAAGGAUUAUACUCGCAAUCAUGAUAUUCCAGUUCUUUUUCUGGACAGCCAUCGUUGUUAUCGUGGUUAAAAAAAUGGGUGGCGCUUUCUGA